UCUGAUCCGACAAGUGUGUUUGAUUUAUGAUCUGGUUAGUCUUCUUAGUUGUGUUUCUCGCGACAGAGUUUUGUUUCUGUGGCGGCCAUCUGUGUGAGAUGGUCCUUUGAAUCCGUCUCUGUCGACGAGAAAGUGCCAAAUUCGUCUUGUCGGAUUGUGUCACGUUAUAGGUUUUACAUGCUUGAAUUCUCAACUUGUUCUCCAAUGUGAUCCCAUAGCGGAGUGGAUAUCGCGUUAGACUCCGAAUCUAAAGAUGAUCGAUGAUCAAGACUUGGGAUUUAUUGCCAAUUUUCUUGGCAUCUUCAUCUUCGCAUUGGUAAUUGCUUAUCACUACGUAACUGCUGAUCCCAAAUACGAAGCCACUUGAGUGAUGAAAUUUUAGAAUGAUGUGUAAGGCUUUUUAGUUUAUACUAGUAUCAGUGUUUCAAACUGAGAAGAGAUAAUUUACUGCCUUUGUUGAGAUAAAAAAUGUUGUCAAGAUGUUCUUAAUCCAUUAUCUUUAUCUAAGUUUUCUUUCUAGGUUUUA